AUGGCUGCUGAUGUGCAGGCCGAAUUGAACAUCGAUCUGGUGAAGACGAGAACCGUUGAGCGGCUGAUUGAGCCUCUGAUACACCAGGUGACCAGUCUGACGGAUGCGAAUUCGAUGAGGCGAAGCGGCGGCGGCGGCAAAAGCGGUGCUGUUCUGGUGGCAGCCGUCGAUCGUACCGUGCGUAAUUUCGUGCACACUGCUCGUGCCGCUAUUGCCCACUGCUCGAUUACUGCAGCUGCAGCUGCGGAUGCUGUGCAGCAGUUGGCGCAGGCCGUUGAGCUGGUGGAGCAGUUCGGUAUGUCUCAGAAUUAA